UAUAUAUACAUAUGUGUUUAUGUUGGGAGUCCUCAGUGUCAACGUGAACAAUGUUGAGCAUGUACGGUGCUGUGAUAUUGAGCUUUGUAUUUGUAACAGUUUCGGCUGACAUUAAAUAUGAUAUGGACCUAUGCCAAGAGUAUCAAGGAUUUCUUGUACCAUGUUGCGAGGAUGAUUUUCCAGCGACACCUCCCAUGACAGGUGAAAAACCACCUGACAUGUCUGAAUGCAAUUCUCUUAUUUCAGGGUGCGAGCGUGAAUUGUGUCGAGCUAAAAAAAUGGGGUUUGUCGGUGAUGAUGGUAAAAUAGACCGAGCCAAAGCAAUAGACGCCAUGUUUAAAAAAGUUGCAGAUGACCCAGGUUUAAUGGCAGAAGUGAAAUCCAAGUGUAUCAAUGGUGACUUCGAGUCAUAUGCGCCCACAAAUACUUGUGUUUUCGAGAAAAUUAGUCGUUGUGUUCAUAUGCAAUGGCUGAAACGCUGCACCAAAUGGGGCGAGAAUGAAACGUGUCAGACAUUCAAAGGACUUAUAAAAGAAUGUGUGAAAAUCUUUCCAUGAAAUUCGUGCAUUAAUAAGUGUUAAAAAAACUAAGAAUUAAACAACA